AUGUCAUUCGAGCGACAAUUUUUCCAAUUGAAUUCUCGAAUUUUCGGAACUUCUGGAAUUGUUGGAAAUCUAUUUUCACUUCUCCUAAUUUUUUCGGUCAAAAAUUCAGAAACCAAUAAUUUUCGAUCAUUGCUCAUAUUAUAUUGUUGUGUCGAUAUUUCUUAUUGUAUUUUUCAUAUUUGGGCUCAACCUGGUUUUGCAAUUGUUGAUAAUGUUUAUAUUUAUUUUUCAUAUUCAAUUAUAGAAGAAACUGUUUUUGGAAAAGUUUUGCUCGCAAUUUUUGCCUUUUUGUUCAUUGAGGUAAGUGAAAAAGCCAUCUGAAGGUAUUUUUUGGUCUCAUGUCAGAUCAAAAUUCAAUUAAUAUUUUCUGUUCCAAAAUUUUUUUGGUAAAAACAAAAACAAAGUUAUUUGCAGCGUGAGAAAUUUAAUUAACAUACUCUUUCUGAUCAAAAAGUUUUGGGUUACUGUAGUCUAGAAUUUUGCAGUCCAUCACCGUUUUAAUGACCCUUUUUGUUGUUCGUUUCAAUUCUAUGAAAAAUAUCCAAUCAAAAUCGCCAAGCACUUCAAUAUUUCUGAAAAUCUUCAUUAUUUUAUCAUGUCUCAUUUUUCCCACAUUGUAUUGUUUGGGAAUUUUCGCGUUGUGGGAAAAGAAAGGAGUUUCAGAUGGGGAAUUGUCUGAAAUUGCUAACAAAUUACUGGAAACACAGAAUAUUAUUGGAUUCGCAGCAAGGGUACGGUAGACAAGACUGCAUUUGAGAAAUAUAAAAAAAUUGAUUUUUCAGACAAAUUCUACAGAUCCUGUGGUAAUUCAAGCCAGAAAGACUUUUUCGCUAUCUUUGCUGAUCAUUCUUUUUGAGGUGAGCGAUUUUUCAAAAUACAACUACUUCAUAAUUUCUUUUUGCAGAUUUCAGUGAUAAUUUUUUGCGGUGCUUAUGUCAGUUUAUCUCUUCGAAAAAUCUCAGCAAGCGACAAAACUCGAAAAUUACAAAAACAAAUUCUGAUUUAUCAUGUCACACAAACUGCUUGCGUAUUUUUCUGCUGCGGAUUUCACGUAACUCUUUUCUCUAUCAGCACAUCUCUUCAUAGAAGUACUGAUAUAGUUGGAACUAUUUCAAGUGCCGCUUUGAUUUGGUUUCCAACUUUUGAUUUUGUUAUUUUAUGUAGUUGUUUGAGCUCGUACAGGUUAGUCAAAUGGAUUUUGAAAAUAUUGCAUGUUUCAUUUUAAGAAAGGCAAUCAAGCGAGUUUAUAAAGCGUUAACUGGAACAGGAAAAAAUGCAAUAGGCGGACCAACUUCUCAAACUCAGAGUAGAAGCUUAUCAAUCGUUACAAAAAUGUGA